AUGACUACACUCUCUACCUCACGAGGCCGCUCGGCCCUGGCCGUCAGCAUCGUCUUUACUUGUCUGGCUACGGCCAUUGUCCUGGUCCGGGUUUACACUCGAGCCAUUUUGGUGAAGCAAAUGGGAGCGGAUGACUACACUAUCUUGGUUGCUCUAGCUUUCUCAUGGGUCUUCUUCGGCCUGUUCGUUGGUGAGGUUUACCACGGCAUGGGUGAACAUUACGACCUUAUUCCACAAGCAAUCUACAAAAUGCAGAUGCUCUGCUUCUGGGCAUCAGUCCCAAUCUACCAGAGCAGUCUGAUCACCACCAAAAUGUCAAUUCUCCUGCAAUACCGCCGAGUCUUCUCAACACCAAAGAUGCGUCUCGCCUGUAACCUUCUGAUUGCUUUCCUCGCCGUUUACGGAACAUGGACCAUCGUCAGCGCUUGGGCGAAUUGCGUCCCUCUCGCCAAAUUCUGGGAUCCUACCGUCCCGGGGUUCUGCUUUAACAAGGAGGCAUUGUGGUUUUCCAACUCUGCUAUUCAUAUCUUGACGGAUAUCUUGAUUUUGGUGUAUCCCAUGCCGGUGCUUAGGUCUCUCCAGCUGCCGAAGAGACAAAAGUUUGCAUUAAUGGGUGUCUUUGCCCUUGGUGGAUUCGUCUUGAUCACCAGUAUCCUCCGCCUCAAGAGUCUUGCUGUUAUUUCCAACUCCACCGAUCCAACCUACGACAACGUCGGCGCCGCCGAAUGGUCCGCCAUCGAAUGCAACGUCGCCAUCAUCUGCGCCUCCCUCCCCAGCACCCGCGCAUUCCUCUCCAACCUGCUCCCGCACAUCUUCUCAACCGGCAGCAACGGCUACCGCAGCCGCACAACCCGUCCCUCCCGCACAGGUCGCAGCCACCUCACCGGCACAAUCACAAAUACCCAAGUACAAGCCUCCGUCAUCGGUGGCCGCGACGACCGAGACUACGACCUGGACAAGCUCUCUCCUUCUGAGGCGUCAUUCCGCGCUAGCGAGAAGUACAGUGAGGCCAAGGAUGGGUUCUCCGGAAUCAAGGUUACUACGUUUGUUACGCAGGAAUCGAUUUCUCAGCAAGUUACGAAUGAUGAGACGGGGAGUACGAAGGAUCUUGUGCACAAGCACAGUUUUUGA